AAGUUAGAAGUGUUUCUCUAAUAAUAAUUUUACAAGAAUAUAAGGAUAUAUCUACAAAAUUAGCAAGAGUUGAGGCGCACCGCUCCAACUGUUCAACAAGACAGGGGCUUAGCAGCAAUCACAGAGCUCACAGGGCAGCCAUUGAAGCAGCUCCUUUCCUCCGUUGAAGCGAGUUUUCUAACUUCAUCUCCUCUCUUUUCCUUCUGUUUCUCAUUUCCCUUUUACCUUUUUCUUUUAUUUUUAUCCUAUAUUUCGUCGCAUAUCGUCGAUACGUCUUCAAAAACUGUAAUUUUCUUACCUAAGUUUCUCAAAAAUCGAAAUUUCUUCGACAAUCAAUACUUUAAUCUUUGUUUCGGGACCUUCACUUGUUAAAACUCUCAAUUGUUUCCAAUCUGUUGAAAUGGUACAGUGCUGGGAACUUCCUUAGUGGUGGGGAUCUUGUUGUUCAAAAUUUGCUUAACAUAUUUUGAAAAAAGAUGGCUAUAAUGUAUAUGAGUUCUGGAAGUUCAAUAUGUCAUCCAUUCCCUUCAUCAGGAACUAAACUGGCAACUCAAACAGCUCUAUCCUUGGGGUUUUGCUUCUCAAAUUGUAGAAGUUCUAGCUGGCGGAAGGAAAUGGGGUUUAUUGUCCUUAUGAGCAAGAGAAACUGUGUUCAGGACAGGUUGGCAAUAAGUUCUUCAAAUCGUAUUUGCUCCAAUAAGCGUAGUAGUGAAUCCCUAGCUAGUUCAAGAUCAAUUGAAAAGAAAACUACCAAGAAGGUAGGAAAGAAAGAACACCACUUGUGGAAGAAAAGAGAUUCAUCUGGUUCUGGGCAGAAAGCACUCAAUCUCGUUAGACUUGUUUCUGGUCUUCCUAAUGAGAAAGAGGCUGUUUAUGGAGCAUUAGACAAAUGGACAGCUUGGGAGACAGAGUUCCCGUUGGUUGCAGCAGUUAAGGCUUUGAGAAUCUUGAGGAAGAAUAGACAAUGGAUGCGUUUAAUUCAGGUGGCAAAGUGGAUGUUGAGCAAAGGUCAAGGAGCAACAAUGGGAACAUAUGACGCCCUUCUACUUGCAUUUGAUAUGGAUGAGAGGGUAGAUGAAGCUGAAUCAUUAUGGAACAUGAUUUUGCAUACACAUACACGCUCUCUCUCAAAGCGGCUCUUUUCUAGGAUGAUCUCUUUGUAUGAUCAUCAUGACAUGCAAACUAAAAUAAUAGAGGUAUUUGCAGACAUGGAGGAGUUGGGUGUAAGACCAGAUGAAGAUACUGUCAGGAGAGUGGCACAUGCCUUUCGGGAUCUAGGCCAAGAAGAGAAAAGAAAGCUUUUUUUAAGAAAAUACCAGUGCAAAUGGAAGUAUAUCCACUUCAACGGUGAAAGGGUUAGAGUUAGAAGAGAUGAAUGGAGCGAGGAUGGCAGCUCAACUAACUGAAAAUGGAUAUUUUUGGCAUUAAGGGCACAGGACCUGAUCUGCCUGUGUUAGAAUUGAUUACUAGAAGAAAUUUAAAUAUUUGCACCAGGGGUAUGUUCAACUUGAUAUUUUCAACGGGCUUGCAACUAAAGAUUGUUCUUUAAUGAACAUUAAUUUGGUUUCUGGUCCAAUGAGCUAUGUACUACUUCCGACAUCUGAAGGUGAGUGGUUUUUCAGCCGAUGAUUUCUUGACGUAUAGAUAGAGAACAUAUAUAUAUAUAUAUAUAUAUAUUUUUUUUUUUUCAAUUUUUUGGUAGAAAAGAAAAGGUUGGAGAUAUUUACAGAUAUGUGGUAAGAUUGACUGUUAUACGUUAGAGUAGAGGUUUCUGUAUUGAUCCAUUUGAUUAAAUCAUGUUAUGCAAGCAAUUUUGGGUUCUUUA